CUGGUGCCGUACAACCUGCUGGACGAGCGGACCAAGAAAACCAACCGGGACAGCGUCAACAACGCCGUGCGCACCCUGAUUGGCUACGGCUACAACAUCGAGCCCCCCGACCAGGAGAGCACCGGCCACGGCCUGGAGAACACCCGGGGGGACAAGGUGCGGAUCUUCCGGGCAGAGCGGUCGUACGCCGUGACCCAGGGCAAGUGGUACUUUGAGUUUGAGGCGGUGACCACCGGGGAGAUGAGGGUGGGCUGGGCUCGGCCCAGCGUGCGCUCCGACACCGAGCUGGGGGCCGACGAGCUGGCCUAUGCUCAAAGAUGGCACGUGGGCAACGAGCCGUUUGGCCGGCAGUGGCUGUCCGGCGAUGUGGUCGGCUGCAUGAUCGACCUGACGGAGAUGAACAUCAUGUUCACGCUGAACGGGGAAAUGCUGAUCAGCGACUCGGGCUCCGAGAUGGCUUUCAAAGACAUCGAAAUCGGAGAAGGUUUCAUCCCCGUGUGCGCGCUCGGCCUUUCUCAGGUUGGAAGAAUCAACCUGGGCCAGAACGUCAGCAGCCUGCGCUACUUUGCCAUUUGCGGUCUGCAGGAGGGAUUCGAACCUUUCGCCAUCAAUAUGAAGAGAGACAUCACCAUGUGGUUCAGCAAAAGCUUGCCCCAGUUCGUACCAGUUCCCACCGACCACAAUCACAUCGAGGUAACUUUAGAGACAAACUUUAAAUCAGGAUAA